UCUCAAUAGAGAGCUGCGGUAAAUCAAAUGUGAUAAGGAUAAGGUAGAUACACAUAGUUAUAUAGAUACAUUUUAUGUAAGUACAAUAGUUUUAUUUCUAUCGUUAAUUUACAAAUCGUAUAAGUGGAAAUGUGGGAAAUAUGGCCCGCCCAAUCACCUCGAUGGUCUCAACAAGAUUACGAAGAACUGAUGAAAAUUAACAUUGAAGAAUACAUUCCCGAUGUAAGUUUAGAGCAAGUCAUAGGCAACAGUGAGAAGUUUCCUAUAGAUUUUCCAAUUGAAUCCGUCAAAUGUAAGAGCAUAGCUGCAACAAAUGUUAAAGAUUUGACGCAAAAUAUCAAUUCGGUAUAUCCAGUGGUUCAUGAACAUGUCCUGAUAUUGUAUUCUAAUUUUUUACAAAAUAAAAGAAAAUUUGGAAGUGGAGUAGAGAGGGAACUUUACAAAGAUAUGACGUUAGAUAUGUUGGUAGAUAGGUUGUUAAAGAAGAGGGCCGUAGCGUUUGUUGGUCCACACGACAGAUACAUGUUACUAGAUGGAUUUGGUAGGUCUGGAAAGUGGGAAUUAGUAGGAACGCCAAAAGAAACAGAACCAUUAACACUGAAAAACUGUUUAAGCUACGAUGAAAUAAAAUUAUCGGCAAUAUUAUCAAUAUCUUCGUAUACACAGUUCAUCAACUCAGGCAGCAGAGAUAAUUGUGGGCGAAUCGAAUACAAUUCAAACAAAAUUGAAAACAGAGGAAUUAUCAUAGGACUAAUCGGACCUAGAUUCGAAAAAGCUGGUGUGAUGGAAUACCAAGAGAUAGUAGUUACAAAGGAGCAGAACGUACCCGGAAACGGAUACGGAAACUCUUUAAUACCAACAACGAAAAGUGUCUUCUUAAAUUUUUACGGCGAAGUAAGUCUAACUUAUGACGAGUUAGAAAACCAGUUUAGAGAUGUAUCAAAAUUCACCCAAGUAAGGAAAGACACGUACUUUAAUAAUAUGGUGUAUGAGAGAAGGCUUGCUCUUUCAAUAGAUACUUUCUUGAUUGAAGCUAAUGAACGAGGCAGAGCUGCUGGUACCCUGGCUUAUUUGCAUGUAAUUGGUUUUGGUCUAGGGGUGUGGAAGAUAUCUCAUCAUCAGGAAAAAUUGUUUAUGGACACAUUUGCCAAGAGAAUUGAGUUCCUGUCACCAAAUUUGGAUUACAUCGACGCCAUUUGUUUUUCUUACAUAAAACAACAUUCGUGUGGUAAAUAUAAAAAUGGCGAUUUAAUACCAAUAGAACGUCAUAAUAAUAAUGGUAUUACGGUUCAUAUUUUUGACAGGGAUCCUAAUGAAAAACUAGAAAGGUCCUAUAAAGGUCAUCUUCUAGUGGUAUCUUACGCCUGGGAUGGCAACGCUUUACCUGGAAACGAAUUUUGGUGGGGACAAUUGGCGGCGAGCGGGGACCCUGCAGCUGCAUCAUCAACCCAGAUUGCUGAACUGCACAACCCUCAUAUAAAUCCAGCAGUGUGUGGGGCUAAUUUAAGGAUUACCACGUUGGACGGGUUGCUGACCUUGAAAGAAUAUCAGUUGCGAGUAAAGAGACAGUAUUAUAAAGAUCCUGGAAUGGAAGUAAAAGAAUAAAGUUUCCUCAAAUUACGAGUUGGAAGUACGAGAUUAAUAAUUCUUCGUAACAAGUGUUUUUUUUUAUAUUUUUAAUGUAAUUAACUUACCUAGAUAUAAUUUUGAUAAAUUUU